AUGGUGCCAUUUAAUGACAUGGCAGAGAGUGAAAGUUACAGAGAAAAACACACGCCCAUCAAAGGAAUUAAAGCUAAACCUGCAGAUCUAGAUCAAAGUACUAGUAAAGUAUUUCAAAAACCUAAAAAGCCAAAUGUUGAAAAGUUUGGCCCCAGCAUUUCAAAUAACCGCUUGCAAUACUCUGGGGAUAUAACAAACAAAGGCAAUUUGCUUCCGGACGAUAAACUUGAUAACUCUGGUCAAAAGAGCUUAACCGAUUCCCCGUUGAAUACUUCUUCGAAUAGGUUAAGAUUUCGUAAUGAACAUAUAAAAGCCAGGAAACGCAAAAAGAUGGUCGUUACUGAGCGCUCAAAGCACAGAGGUCGUCACAGGGGUGGGAGAAAAACUCGACUGUAUAUCGGCGGCUUGUUUGAACUGUCGGGAAGCGAACACGAGGCCAACGGAAGGUCGGAACUCGACGCUGCCCUUUUAGCCGUACAGCACGUGAAUUCGAUGCACGUGAUUCCCGGAUAUGAACUGGAACUUCUGUACAACGACACGAAGUGCGAUCCAGGUACUGGGACAAAUGCCUUUUACGACCUCAUAUACCGGAAGCCUCGAAUGCUCAUGGUCAUGGGCAGCGCAUGCGUGGAAGUCACAAAGACCAUCGCUGAAAUUGUUCCAAACUGGAAUCUUAUUUUGAUUUCGUAUGCCACCACAUCACCGGCGCUCAGCGAGCGAGAGAAAUACACGACGUUCUUUCGUCUAGCGCCAGCAGACUCCUCGCUCAACCCAGCUCGGCGCAUGUUCAUCCAGUACUUCCGGUGGGAUACGGUAGCCAUUCUUUAUGAAGAAAAGGAAAUGUUCUCUUUGGCCGUUGAUGACAUCAGCGUGGAUCUGGCCAAUCACAACAUAUCACAACAAGCGGUACUGUCGUUCAAAACGGUGCACGAAAUUCCAGAGAAGAUGAAUCAACUACAGUAUAUAGAGCUUGACAUGCAUCAAAUUAAUACACCAUGUGGCAUACAAUUAGAUAUCAUAUUAUAUCGUACGAUAUAUCAUCAUUUUGUCUUUUCUAAUUUUCAGUCUUCUGAUCUGAGAAUAAUUAUCGCUGCGUUCUCCGAGUCUGCUGCGAGGCAAGUGUUCUGUGAGGUUUGUUUUCAUUUACAAGAAUGUCUUCUUUCAUUAAGCAGUUUGACAAGGAACAGCUCCAGCUGUAGUGCUUACCGCCUUAGGAUGUUCGGUCCGCGGUUUGUGUGGAUCCUGUGUGGCGGCAUCCUCGACAAAUGGUGGCUGGAGAACGGCAACGCCAGCUGCCCGCGCGACGAGCUGAGGGCCGCUACAGAGGGUGUCAUCAUCGUGUCCAGCCUCAACAAACUGAUGGGCGACGAGAGAUCCGUCGACAACAUGAACUACUCUGAGUUUCUGAGCAUCUACUCACGGUCUAAUGGCUCACAGCCGCUGAGUACUCACGCCACGACGACGUACGACACGGUGUGGACGAUGGCGCUGACCAUCAAGAAGACGCUGCAGCACAGGAGGGAGACGUUCGUGGAGUUACCGGACCUGAACCAGCUCAACUACACCGAGAUGGCGCCAGUCAGGGAUCACUUCUUUAACAUCAUCGAAAAACUCGACUUCCGCGGAGUCUCCGGUCCGGUGUCGUUCAAAGGUCCAGACAGAGAAAGCCGAGCCGUGGUGUAUCAGAACCAAGGCGGAAACCUGACGAUCAUCGCAAUACACGACCCUGACAGCGAGGAACUCAACUUUGCCUGUGAUCAGUGUCGAGAUCUCAUCUGGCAAGGCGGUCGUGUACCACGUGACAAGAAGCUGGUUCUGCACAGACAAAAGACGAUCGACCCGACCAUCUUCUACAUCGCCUGCGCGCUCUGUGUGUUCGGCAUCAUCCUCGCCGUCUGCUUCCUCAGUUACAACCUCCACCACCGGAAGUUGAGGUACAUCAAGCUCUCGAGUCCGAAGCUGAACAACGUGGCGGUGAUCGGCUGCAUCCUCGUCUACACCGCCGUCAUCGUGCUCGGCCUCGAUGACCACACCCUCGGCUGGGACUUUUACCCUCUCAUCUGCUCGACGAGGGCAUUUCUCCUAGCAGCUGGAUUCUCUCUUUCGUUUGGAGCCAUGUUUGCGAAAACUUACCGCGUCCACCAAAUAUUCACCAGAGCCAACAGCGGGCUUGUCAAAAGUAAACUGCUGAGGGACAAACACCUGCUAUUCAUCAUCGGUGUUCUGCUGAUGGUCGACUCGGGUAUCGUGAUCGUCUGGGUGAUCGUCGACCCCAUGGAGCCCAAGAUCACCAACCUCACUGAAGAGGCCCCAGACGACGAAGAUAUACUGCUUGUUCACCAGCUGACCACGUGUUACUCGCACCACCUACAGAAGUGGCUAGGCGUCUUCUACGUCUACAAGGGGCUGCUGCUGGUGUUCGGGGUGUACAUGGCCUGGGAGACGCGCAGUGUCAAGAUCCCGGCCCUCAACGACUCGCAGUACAUAGGACUGAACGUCUACAACGUCGUCAUCAUGAGCCUCAGCGUCGUGGUGCUGUCCAAUAUCCUCGACAAUCAGCCAACGCGAGCCUACACCAUGGAAUCUAUCUUCAUGUUCCUGUCCACUACCGUCACGUUGUGUCUGCUUUUUGUACCAAAAAUUUAUGUGAUCGUUUCUUCUAAAGGGAACCCUAUUAUCGCCACUUCCGGCAUACUGGUGGAGGCCAACACUCGAAGAUUUGUAUUUGAUGACAAGAAAGAAAUCUAUUACAGAGCCGAGGUCCAAAACCGCGUGUACAAACGGGAACUGGUCGAGGUGAGAAUAGGAGAUAUGUUUAGGCAGGGCAGUACCAAGCCUACAAUAAAUAACGAGGGUGGAGUGGGAACAUAG